AUGAAUACGUCUCUGUCCCUACGGUCAGUCAGUGGAACCUCACAGAGACUUCCUAAAAGAGAUCGCAUUAUACAGUCGACAGAUGUUGAUGCACUUUCGUCCAAAUACUCAGCAUAUCUAAAGGGCUACAUUUCGAAAGAUCGCGAUCCAUUUGUAGAACCACUAGUAGCUCAAUUCACUGCUGGCAAAGGAAGUACUACCAAUAAUGCAUUUAUUGCGAAGCUACCACUAAUCAAUCGAGGUGAGUGGACACCAGAAAUAGACGACUCGAGCGAAGCGAGAGGAGCCAUGAGGUCUGGGGUGUAG